AUGUACUAGUUUCUCCUCUCUUACACACAGUCCUUCCAGACACUGAAAAUAAGAGAAAACUGUUAUAUUUUGUCAUGAUCCUCUGUCCAGGUUCUCCUACUGAAGCCUACAAAGGUCAGCAGUUCUCCAGGUCUGUUCAAAUUGGUCCGGCCUCCCCCACUUCCUGUCAGCUGCUGUAUGAGCAGGUAGCAGAUUGGGUCCAGAGGUGCGUCCGUUUAGCCACUAUAGUUAUGUCUGGAGUUGAGGAUGUGUCCACACCUGGAGAUGAGGAUGUGUCCACACCUGGAGAUGAGGGUGUGUCCAAACCUGGAGAUGAGGGUGUGUCCACACCUGGAGAUGAGGGUGUGUCCACACCUGGAGAUGAGGAUGUGUCCACACCUGGAGAUGAGGGAGUGUCCACACCUGGAGAUGAGGGUGUGUCCACACCUGGAGAUGAGGAUGUGUCCACACCUGGAGAUGAGGGUGUCCACACCUGGAGAUGAG